AGGGAGGCACGCGCUCUGUUGUGAUUGGUUGGCAGUGUUUGUGACGUCGGCGCCCGGGUCCCGUCGUGGCUGUUUCUCUGAGGCCGGCCGAAGGUGUGAGGCGGAGGCGAGUGUCUGGUGAGGCGGACAGGUGACAGGACCAGCCUGGGGUGGAGGCCGAGGCCGCCUCGAGGACCCAGAGAGGGUGGCAGGGUCGUGAGAAGAAUGCCCGUCUAUCAAGAUAAACUAUAUGCUAUGGAUUAUCUUUCCAAGCCUGGUAUGUUCAGUAUAAUUGCCGGCGUUGCCUGUGGAGUAUGCCUAGGCUGGGGCAUUCGAGCUCGGUUCUUCCGACCCUCCAAAGCCAGAAUCACCAUGAUUGCCAAUGAACUGGGCAAUGAAGCCAGCAUAAUGGGCGAAUGCGGCGAAUUCAAGAUGGUGAUUGUAGUCCGGAACGACCUGAAGAUGCAGAAGGGCAAAGUGGCUGCCCAGUGUUCCCAUGCAGCCGUUUCAGCCUACAAACAAAUUCAGCGCCGAAACCCUGAACUUCUGAAGCAGUGGGAGUAUUGCGGGCAGCCGAAGGUGGUCCUCAAGGCUCCUGAUGAGGAAACUCUCCUUCAGCUCCUAGGCGAGGCAAAAGCGCUGGGCCUGACAGUGAGCUUAAUCCAAGACGCAGGCCGUACACAAAUAGCCCCAGGCUCUCGGACUGUCCUUGGCAUUGGACCGGGACCAGCUGAGGUGGUAGACAAAGUUUCUGGCCAUUUAAAACUGUAUUGAAUCUGAAGCAACCAGCCCACAGAUAAGGAUAUCAACUGUAUGAACUUAAAGAAAGCAAACAAAUCCUAAAAAUCCAAUGAUUAUCGAGCACAAUCAUGGUUUGUUCUUCAUUGUCUUUCAGUAUUGGGAAAUGCAUCAUCUACCCAUGCUCUACUCCAUUGUUGUCAGCCAGUUAAACAAUAUCAUCCUAGGAUAGUGUUGGUGGGAAACAAUUUUUUAAAUAAUGGGUGUAUGUCGAGUGUGAAACCUGGUCCUUUGGGGCAGUUUUCAUGGACUUUUAAAAAAAGAGAGAGAAUUGGAUCCUUGAAAACCUUCAGUCAGGAGAAAAAAAAAGCUUAGAAUGAUGGGGCAUCUUUCCUGGGAUGGGUCUCCCGUGGUCCUCUAGGUGUUGUUGGAUUCCAACUUUCAUCAGCCCCAACCGGCAUGGCCAGUAGUCGGAGACGACGGGAGCUGUAGUCCAGCAACACCUGGAAGACCACAGGUAUCCCAGCCCUGUUUUAAAGACUCAAAUUUGAGAUGGGAGGGAAGGGGAGAAACCUAUAGUAUUUUUCAGUUAUCUUCCACAUAUACCUUGAAUACGGUCUGAGAAGAUAACAGGUUCCUGUACGAUGGCUGACUUAAACAUAAUUGCUUGUCAUGCCCAAGGGCUGCAUUUCCUCCUGGGCAACUUUGCAGGGGUCACGUUGCAAGUGGUAAAACUGGAUGGAGCAAUGGAUGUAAAUCUUAACUUCCAGAGAGUAGGCUAGUUUCCACACACACUCACCCCUCUCUGUCCUCCAUCCAGGCAAGCCAGAAGCAUUACCUGAAUUGCAGGACACUUUCCAGCUGGGCAAAAACACUGCAGGAGGGUGCAAAGCAGGGCUAGUGAGGGGUGUGUGCAUAAAAUGGGGGGUUUAUUCUUAGAUUCAUCUCUGGCUGAAAGCAUGAGAAUCUAUAGUUUGGAUGGUCUCUAUGAUACAGGACUCACAUUGACCCCAAAUCACAGAAAAGGAGUUUGCUGACCUCAGGAAGACAUGUGCCAACAGACUUAACAAGUAACAAGGAAGGUUCAAAACCCCAAGUUUGCUCAGGAAUAAUCCCUUCAAUUAAACAAUCGUCUGUGCCCAGUGUAAAAGCCCACGUCAACGAAACUCACACAAGAUAUGGUAGAAGUUUAAUUUACACUUGUACAAUUUCUCCACAGGCUACAGGACAGACAAGACACAGGACAUUCUUUCAUAUACCAAAAUGCUUACUAGUACCCCGUUCAAUGAAGAGUCAACACGUAUUUAAACUUAGUAUUUUGGGGAGUCGGCAGCACCUCUCGGGGGUCCAGCGACUUUCUCACUACACAAUGCAUCCUAGGAACAACAUUGGGGCUACAUGGAAACAUGAGAACUCAGGGAGGGAUCUUGCAUGCCUAGCAAAGGUUACAGGAACGGCAGAGCUUUGGCUCAUGGGCUAGAUGCGGAAGCUCCAUUCGGACCGAGAGUCUUGCUAGAUUCUUCAAGAAAGGAAUAUUCACCCCCAGCUCUUGAGUUUCUUUCUCUCAUUUCCGUCUGUAUAACUUGAUGCAACUUUGAACGUAACUGGGUUUAGGGUCUCUGUCUAAUGCUAUUUGUAAUGUUAGGGAAUGAUUGAUUGGGGAUUAGACACUGCUGGUAUUAAUUGUAAUUUAAAAUGCUUUAUUUUCCCUGUUUCCUUUUCAAUAAACCAACUUUAGUUUUA